AUGUCUGCUUCGGAAACCUACAGAGCAGCACAACUGGCUGUGAAAGCUGAGCGUAUGGCUACGACACAUCUCAAGAAUAUAGAAAUUGGGAAGCGAUCUAUACGUCUCUACGUCUCGCCCGCGCCAGUCAAUUUUGCUGAGAGACGCUCUGUUCUGAGAGCGCUUGAACAAUAUGGCCCAGUAGAGUUCUUCAAACUCAUGCCGGGUCAGGGUUCUGCCUUCAUAUCUCUGAUGAAAGAAAGCGAAGCUGCCGCCAAAGCCGUCUGUUCAAGCCCAAUCAACAUCACUGUUCCUUCAUCCUGUAAGGAGCCAAAGUCUACUGUGAAAGUGGACGGGUUAAAACCGCGGUUUGAAAAGCAACCUUCGCGACCUUCUAACCCAGAAGACACCAAAUUUGUCAUCGAGGUAACGGAAUCUCCCGCAUAUAACCAUAAGGGCAGCUCAAGCUCGUUUCUCGCCAGAGUCUGGCCAGAUUUUGUCACAGGAAAUAGAACGCUUGCUUCAACAACUUUGCGACAGUCGCUCCCUAAUAGUAUCGCAGCCAAGGGCUUGAGCCAUUGGGACGUUGAUUUCGGAAAAGAAACAACAAUGGAUUCCAGAAAGGUUGACAGAGUGCAAACCCGCAAUUGGAUUCCAACGAAGAUAAAAACACCGCCUAGAGAGCCAGUGCCACGGGCAGUGGGAGAAUGGGAGCGUCGACAUAUGCAGCGCCGCCGGCAGUCAAAAUCAAAGGCGGAUGAGGAAGAGACGCGUACCACUUCUGAAGACCAAGACAUCUAA